AUGCGGGGGAUAGAAAAUGCCCAGGAUGGCGUCCAAGGAUAGGGCUCAGGCACCUGAGAAAAAUAUUGAAAGGAAUCCCCAGUGGUGGAAGAAGGACUUGAGAAGAACAGCUUUCGUGUGAGGAAGGAAGUCUCCAAGGCUGUACAACAGGUAGUAGCAGGCUUGUUGAAGGUGGCAUGAGGCAGAUCUACUGGGAAAUAAUGAGAAUAGGGCCCCUGGAAGAGUUGCUGGAGAAGCACAUCCUCAGGACUGUCCUGUUAGAGACUGCUGGGACGGAUGUGAAAUACCUGUGAGUGGGGAGUGUGCAUGGGUGGAGAGGCACCAGAAUGCUGCUCUGUUCUGUGACACAGAUUUUACAAGGGGAGCAGAAAUCCAGUCUAUGAGAAAGAUGGUGGAAGCAAGCUUUCCUCAGUGACAGGAGGCAGGAGCUGAUCAUUCUUGGUGUUUCUUUCCAUCUGUACAUCUCACUUGUCCAUCUCUACCUUGUCCAGGCACAUCUUGGGGCUACCAUAUAUGCUUCCACACUCUCUGGUCCCUUUUACUUGCCUUCUCAUCAGUAUGGUCUGUAAGCUCCUCAGUAAGCAGUGCAGCUGGUGUGUGUGUCCAAGGCAGAGGUGUGCUGGGCAGCCUGGGUGUGCCCUUGCUCUUGCUGCUGUCACCUGGUGAGCUGGUGCAGGCAGACUCCCAGAAUUUAGGAGCGUCAAGUGGGGAAGGCCUUUAACUGUAUUUGUCCUGGUUUAGGGCAAAUCUGGUGGAGAGCCUCCUCAACAGAAGGCUGGUGGCAAAAGCCACCCAUAGGAGAAUGGAAGAGCUGUUGACAAAGCUGAAAUGAAAGCUCUGCUUUCCCAGGGGAGCAGGCCAAAUGUCCUGGUGCUGAGACAGACAACAGCAUUCUGUGGGGAUCCACUUCAGCAACAGACAAACGGGGUGCGUGGGUUUGCCAAUGCACAUGCUGCUACUGGAGAGUGGGGAAGAUUAUUGACUGAGUUGCAAGAUUUGUAAGACCCGGGUUUUGAAUUGUUACAGUCUAUUUAGAAAUGAAAUCACUGAAAUCCCACUCACUUUUGUGUAAGUGAGAUAAUUAGUCAGUAAAAUACGGACUGAGUGUGGUAACUCCUGUCUUGUGCCAGGCUGGCAGGCACUGGAGCAGCCAGGCUCUCUGCUGGUAAAAGUUUGUGCCCCAGAGAAAAUGGAACAACGUGAAACAACCUCAUGCAGAAAUUUCUCUAACCAACAAAGUUUCAAGACGUGAAAAACUCAACCAAACAAGAUUAUUCCUCAAGCACAGAGCAAAAAUGUGCUGCCAAAUUUGUCAGAUAAGAAUACAUAACAAAAACCAAAACCAAACCUUCAUGCUACCUGAGGCUUGUCUCUGUAUCUCACUGACCAUGCAGGGACAGGUUCCCAGAACUCAGUGACCUUAACGCUAGGUUCUAGUGACCUUGUCCUUCCCAGAUCACCUUGCUGGCAUUUUAAGGUGCCCAGAGGAAGUGUAAACUGUCUGGUGUCACUGAUACUUACACCACUUGCUGCCUCCCUGGUGUGUGACUGGGAACCUCAGGCUCCCAUGGGAUACCUGCUUAUAUCCUUGUGUAAAUAGAGGGUCCCAUCAGGUGGGAACAUCUGCCAGGUGCUUCCCUUUCUUUACCUUUUUGUAGGUACAUUUCUGUCAGACAAGGUGAAGUUUGCACACACAGAGCAAACUGGAUGCUGUCAGCAUAGGACUUGCUCAUUUAUUUUCAUUACUGAGAAGGGUAAAGUUCCCUGUCUUACACUCGGCUCUGGUCUUCUGGUAAUUGUUGCUUGGUGGUCUGUUGGGGUCACUUAACUGGUGUUUAGCUGCAUGAUCUGAGUAGUUCCAUGACACAAAAUUAGACUGAACUCCACUAGCCUUGCAUGCAGUUUGACAUGUUCUCUGGAUCACAUGGUGUGGCCAGUAUGUGCACGGUGCUGAUGCCAGUGAGCAGGGCACGCUCUGCUGUGACCCGGGUGGGCAGGCUGGCUGUGUGAGCCGAGUGGGCUCAGAGGAAAGCACCAGCUCAGGGGAGUGUCUGAGGGCUGAAAGGGAGCACUAAAGCUGUGCAGGGGCUCUGUGCAAGGCUGGAUAUCAAGAAAGAGGAGGAAGUGGAGAGGGUCUAAAAGAUAAUUACCUCCAACUUUUCCCAUCCUUUUACCUAUUUCUACCAUUUAUUUGGCUUUGAUUAAAACUAGCUGUCCUGUAGCUUAUUUUAAAAUCUUCCUAGUGCCAAUGGCUCAGGUGCAACUGGUAGAUGGGUGGCAGUGCUGGAGACAUAUGCGGAGCCAAGAGGUGAACAAAGGCUUGGAGAUGUGUGUGGAGCUGCUGGGGUCAUGCUGUUGUGGUCUGGGCAGCACUGGGCAAUACACUGAGUAGGCAUGAAACCAUUUCCAUCUCUAUCGUCUUAGCAACGUUUCGUCCCCAUUUCUACCCUUCAAGCUCCCCUGCCCUCCCUGAAGGUAUCCCCUUCACAGCAGGGCACUGCUGAGGUACUGCUGCCUGAGUGGAGAGCCUUUAUCAGCCUCUUGGCCCCAGCGUUUGGUCACAAGGUUUCCUGGAAUAGAACAGCUGAGACUUCAGCUGUGCCCAGCCUGAGCCAGAGAGGGGUGUGAUAUGUUCCCCUCCCUGUGAACGCCCUGGGCUGGCAGGCAGGCAGGCAGACUCUCAGCCCAAACAAGGCUGCCGGUGGGGCUGUGCCUCAGAGCCUGGCUGGGUGCACCGGCAGCUCCUGUCCUGCUCUCUGGGGAGAGCCUGCUCGGGUGCUAUGGGCAGCACCACAGGCGGAAGAGACGAGAGCCAGGAGCCCAUCCGCACACGGCAGGCACAUGGCCCUGCCCAGGUGUUCUGGCAGGCCCUGCUGGCUGGGGAUCAGGGCACCAUAGCCGAGAUCCUCGGAGAUCCUCAGAACAACCUGGGCGCCAGCAUUGUGUUUGACAGCAGCGACCUGGAAGAGUGGAAGAAUUACCGCUUCAACCCCCGCGGGCUGAGACUGUGGUCGCUGAGCUACGAGCAGGAGCUGACCACGCCGCUGCACAUCACGGCGGGCCGGGGCUACACGGAGUGCCUGCGGCUGCUGCUGCUGCGCGGCGCCGCCGUGGACCUGGCCCCGGGCGGCAGGACGGCCCUGCACGAGGCCUGCGCGGCCGCCAGCGCGGCCUGCGCGCGGCUGCUGCUCCGCGCCGGGGCCGACCCCGAGGCCGUGUCUGAGCAGGGCCACCGGCCCCUGCACCUCUGCAAGAGCUCCGACUCCAUCGGGUGUGUCCAGGAGCUGCUGCAGCACGGUGCCAGUGUGAACAGCCAGACGGAGGAGGAGCGGGACACAGCGCUGCAUGUGGCAUCGCGGCACGGCCUGGCAGAGCACGUCCAGCUGCUCCUGCGCCACGGGGCUCAGCUGGAGCUGAGGAACAAGGAGGGGCAAACGCCGCUGAAUGCUGCCUGUGCCCAGCAGCACCAGCCCCAGGAGAUGGACCGCUACUACCGCGUGUGCCAGCUGCUGGUGGAGAGCGGUGCCAGCGUCAACGCCGAGGACCGCGACCGGCAGCACCCGCUGCACCUGGCCUGCAAGAAUGCCAACGCUCAAAUCGCGGAGCUACUGUUGGCCCGUGGUGCCAAUGUCAAUGUCAUGAACUACGGCGGCAACACGGCCCUGCACAACAUCCUGCAGGUGGCUGCCUACCGGCGGGAGCACCGCCCGGAGCUCGUGGUGCGAGCGCUGCUCAACCACGGCGCCGUGCGCGUCUGGCCGGGCUCCCUCCUCAAGGUGCUGCGGUGCUGCCACAGCUGCCCGCGUGUUAUCGAGGCCCUGGUGAACAGCUACAGCCACGUGCGCGUCUCCGAGGACUGGCUGGCAGCAGUUCCAGCAGAGGUGGUGCAGACCUCGCUCCCUGCAGCACCUGGCUCGCUGUGCGCUCAGGAGCCUCCUGGAGGGCCGGCUGCUGCUGGUCCUGUCCCAGCUGCAUCUGCCCAGUGCCCUGCACCAGUUCCUGCUGCUCGGCUUCGAGGACGUUCUCUACUAGGGGUGGCAGUUCCAGUCCUGCUGUGCCUUUCUGUGCACAUGUUCCACCUGCCAGUGCAGUCUGUGCUUUGGCAGCUCCCCCCUUCCCCUCAAUCCAUCCUGCCUGGCCACAUCAGCCCCCUGUGCCAGGCCUGCUGCUGGGUCCCGGUCCCAGCUAGCCUUUUGCUCGGCAUCAUGCACCUGUUUGGGAGUGUUCUGUUUGUCCAUGCUAAUCCAGACAGACUCCAGACUAACAAAAGGAGGUAUGGGAAUUAGGGAAUUUUGUGGUACAAGGAGCGAAGACACUGCGUGGAUCACAGGCUUAGUAGCAGGUUACCAGAUUCCCUAUCCCAAAUCCAAACACCCUAGCCUGUACUAGGCAACUCUGGUGCCCUGGAUGAUUGCUGUGGUCCUGUCUUUAGUCAAGUUGCUUGGUCUGUACCCAAAGGUGUUUGGAAUAAAUCCUGUUCUUUAUACCAAA